GGUUUCUCAAUGGUUCCUUCCUUUGCUUGACACUUCUGGGUAGCCGGCAACGGGGCCGGAACCGGAAGCGAGAGGUCGGGAAACCGAAGGCGCCGUAGCUGCAGAAGCCGGAAGAGAGCGUGGCGGUGAUUUACAGGUGCUUUUGUAUAAAAUGGGACUUCUUAUUGCACUUAUUGGAAUUUGGGUGAGCUUUUCCUUAGUAAAAGCAGAUUCAAAAGCUGUGACAACUUCCUUGACUACUAAAUGGUUUUCCACAUCUUUAUUACUUGAAGCAAGUGAAUUUUUAGCAGAAGAAAGUCAAGAGAAAUUCUGGAGUUUUGUUGAAACAUGUCAAGACUUUGGAUCAUCUCAUCAUGAUGGUAAUGAGUAUUCCUAUUACAAUGUAGUCCUGAAGGCAGCUUCCGAGAAUCUUUCACUAUUGCAGCAGAACUUGUUGAGAUUUGCUUUGUCUUUACGUUCUUAUUCUGCUACUGUUCAGGCCUUUCAGCAGAUAGCUGCUGAUGAGCCCCCACUGAAGGGAUGCAAUGCAUUCUUUGUGGUCCACGGAGAGAAGACUUGUGAAUUUGACCAACUUGGAUUACUUUUACAAAUGGCUUCAGAAAGGCCAAAACCUUUUAUGUUCAGAGGGGACCACAAGUAUCCCGUUUCAAACCCUGAAAGCCCUGUUGUAAUAAUGUACGCUGACAUUGGUUCUAAGGAGUUCUCCAGAUACCACAAGCUACUACUAUCAAAAGCAAAUUCGGGAGAAAUCACCUACAUCCUUAGGCAUUAUGUUUCUAAUCCAAGCAAAGAAAAGGUCUACCUAUCAGGCUAUGGAGUGGAGCUGGCCAUUAAAAGCACAGAAUAUAAGGCCAAGGAUGAUACCCAGGUGAAAGGUGCAGGAACAGAUGCAACAGUAAUUGGGGAAAAUGACCCCAUUGACGAAGUGCUGGGAUUUAUGUUUGGAAAAUUAAGGCAGCUAUAUCCAACCAUGCAAGAAAAAUUAAAAGAAUUCAGAAAACAUCUUGUCGAAAGUACCAAUGAAAUGGCACCAUUGAAAGUGUGGCAGUUACAAGAUCUAAGUUUCCAAACAGCUGCCCGUAUUCUAGCUGCUCCCACUGUGGAUGCUUUGAUGGUCAUGAAAGACUUAAGCCAGAAUUUUCCAACUAAAGCUAGAGCAAUAACUAACACAGUUGUGCCAUCAGAACUUAGGUCAGAAGUUGAAGGAAACCAAAAGUUCUUCAAAGGGACAUUAGGAUUACAACCUGGCGAUUCGGCCCUGUUCAUUAAUGGACUUCACAUAGAUCUGGACACACAGGACAUUUUCAGUUUGUUUGAUGUGCUGCGGAAUGAAGCUCGUGUUAUGGAAGGGCUGCACAGCUUAGGAAUUGUAGGACAUUCCAUGCACAAUGUGUUAAAGCUAAACAUCCAACUAUCAGACUCUGACUAUGCUGUAGAUAUCAGGAGUCCUGCUAUUUAUUGGAUCAAUAACCUUGAAGUUGACAGCAAAUACAGUUCUUGGCCUUCCAGUGUCCAGGAGCUUCUGCGCCCUACCUUCCCUGGUGUGAUCAGACAGAUAAGGAAAAACUUGCAUAAUUUUGUAAUCAUAGUGGACCCAUCCCAUGAAAACACAGCAGAAUUGCUCAGUUUGGCUGAAAUGUUCCUUAGUAACCACAUACCUCUGAGGAUUGGCCUAGUCUUUGUGGUUAAUGACUCAGAAGAUGUUGAUGGGUUGCAGGAUGCUGGGGUUGCCCUCCUUCGAGCAUACAAUUACGUUGCACAAGAAGUAGAUAAUAAUUAUGCCUUUCAGACAGUUACAUCCGUAUAUAAUAAAGUAGGUGCAGGGGAGAAACUGAAAGUGGAACAUGUGGUUGCUGUUCUUGAGAAGCAGUAUCCCUACGUAGAAGUAAGCAGCAUCCUGGGAGUUGAUUCUGCUUAUGAUCAAAACCGAAAGGAAGGACACAGUUAUUAUAAACAGACUGGUGUGGGCCCGCUACCGAUUGUGCUUUUCAAUGGGAUGCCCUUUCAGAAAGAACAGCUAGAUCCUGAUGAACUGGAAACUGUGACCAUGCAUAAAAUACUGGAAACCACCAGCUUUUUCCAAAGGGCUGUGUACUUGGGCGAACUGUCAAAUGAUCAAGAUGUGGUUGAAUAUAUCAUGAGCCAACCUAAUGUUGUUCCAAGAAUCAACUCUCGAAUCUUAAUGGCUGACAGAGAGUACCUGGAUUUAACUGCAACUAAUAAUUUCUAUGUUGAUGAUUUUGCCAGAUUUACAAUUCUGGACUCCAAAGACAAGACAACAGCUGUAGCUAACAGUAUGACUUACUUAUCCAAGAAAGGAAUGUCCUCCAAGGAAAUCUAUGAUGAUUCCUUUAUUAGACCAGUGACUUUCUGGAUCAUUGGAGACUAUGACAAACCAUCUGGCAGGCAGCUAUUAUAUGAUGCAAUCAAACACCAGAAAUCCAGCAACCAUGUCCGGAUUGGUAUGAUUAACAACCCGAGUGAAGACCCAUCCAGUGAAAAUACAGUCAUUGCCAGGGCCAUUUGGGCAGCCUUGCAGACACAAACAUCUAACAUUGCCAAAAACUUCAUCACAAAAUUGGCCAAAGAGGAAAAUGCCAAGGAACUGGAAGCUGGAACUGAGAUCAUCGAAUUUGCUGUUGGAGGUAUGGACAUGGAUACAUUUAAUGAUGCCUUUCAAUCUCCUAAAGUGGAUUUUAUUCUUUCUCAUGCUAUGUACAGUAGAGAUGUUCUUAAGCUGAAGAAAGGACAGAGGGCUGUGAUCAGCAAUGGAAGGAUUAUUGGCCCAUUGGAAGAUGAUGAGCUGUUUAACCAGGAUGACUUCCACUUGCUAGAAAACAUUAUGUUAAAAACUUCUGGACAAAAAAUAAAAUUCCAUAUUCAGGAUCUAGGAGUGGAAGAAGAUCUCGCAAGUGACCUUGUUAUGAAGGUGGAUGCUCUUCUGUCUGCUCAACCAAAAGGAGAGGCAAGAUUAGAAAACCUUUUUUUUGAAGACCGACAUAGUGCAAUUAAGUCGAGACCAAAAGAGGGGGAGACAUAUUUUGAUGUUGUGGCCGUUGUUGAUCCUGCUACUAGAGAUGCACAAAGACUGGCUCCGUUACUCAUGGUGCUGAACAAAGUGAUAAACAUGAAUCUCGUAGUUUUCAUGAACUGUCAGUCCAAACUCUCUGACAUGCCCUUGAAAAGUUUUUAUCGUUACGUUUUGGAGCCAGAGAUUGCUUUCACACCAGACAAACUUUUUAUUCCGGGUCCGGUUGCCACAUUUUUGGACAUGCCUCAGUCUCCUUUGUUUACUUUGAAUCUAAAUACUCCAGAGAGCUGGAUGGUGGAGUCUGUAAGGACAACAUAUGAUCUUGACAACAUUUAUUUAGAGGAGGUGGAGAGUGUAGUGGCAGCUGAAUAUGAGUUAGAGCACCUUCUUCUGGAAGGGCACUGCUAUGACAUCACUACAGGGCAGCCUCCACGAGGACUUCAAUUUACACUAGGAACAUCAACAAGCCCUGUGGUGGUUGACACCAUUGUCAUGGCCAACUUAGGCUACUUCCAGUUAAAAGCUAAUCCUGGUGCCUGGAUUCUGAGACUCAGAAAGGGGAGAUCUGAGGAGAUCUAUAGAAUCUACAGCCAUGAUGGCACAGAUUCUCCUCCUGAUGCCAGUGAAGUUAUCAUCAUUAUCAACAAUUUCAAGAGCAAAAUUAUCAAAGUGAAGGUUCAGAAGAAACUAGACAUGAUAAAUGAAGAUUUGCUAAGUGAUGGAACUAGUGAGAAUGAAUCUGGAUUUUGGGAAUCUCUUAAAUGGGGAUUCACUGGUGGACAGAAGAAAGAAGAACUGAAGCAGGAUAAAGAUGAUGUGAUCAAUAUAUUCUCUGUGGCAUCAGGACAUCUAUAUGAGAGAUUCCUCCGCAUAAUGAUGUUAUCCGUGCUGAAACACACAAAGACUCCAGUGAAGUUCUGGUUCUUGAAGAACUACUUGUCACCUACAUUUAAGGAGUUCAUUCCAUAUAUGGCUGAGAAGUACAAUUUCCAUUAUGAACUAGUCCAAUACAAGUGGCCACGAUGGCUUCACCAGCAAACAGAGAAGCAGCGGAUCAUCUGGGGUUACAAAAUCCUCUUUCUGGACGUGCUUUUUCCCCUCGCAGUUGAUAAAUUCUUGUUUGUGGAUGCUGACCAGAUUGUUCGAACAGACCUCAAGGAACUUAGAGAUUUCAACUUGGACGGAGCACCGUAUGGUUAUACACCAUUCUGUGAUAGUCGACGUGAGAUGGAUGGCUACAGAUUCUGGCAGUCAGGAUACUGGGCAAGUCACUUGGCUGGAAGGAAAUACCACAUCAGUGCUCUUUAUGUGGUAGAUCUGAAGAAGUUCAGAAAGAUAGCUGCUGGUGAUCGGCUCCGAGGACAAUAUCAAGGUCUUAGCCAAGAUCCUAACAGUUUGUCCAACCUUGAUCAGGACUUGCCCAAUAACAUGAUUCAUCAGGUGCCCAUUAAAUCACUUCCACAAGAGUGGCUUUGGUGCGAAACAUGGUGUGAUGAUGCAUCAAAGAAGAGAGCAAAAACCAUUGAUCUGUGUAAUAACCCAAUGACCAAAGAGCCCAAGCUGGAGGCAGCUGUGAGGAUUGUUCCUGAAUGGCAGGACUAUGAUCAAGAAAUCAAGCAGCUGUAUAGUCAUUUCCAACAAGAAAAAGCAACAGGAUCACUCUCUAAAACAAAUGAAACAGAGCAGCCAAGUCAAGAAGGAAUAUCAGCACACAUAGAAUUAUGAUCCAUGGAGACCAACCAAGUGAGACUGUUUCCAUAGACAAUUUUUCUAUCAAAUGCUAGUUUUUUUCUAGUAUGUUUGCGAAACUGCCGAAUAAACUGAAAGGGGUUUUUGAUGUAUCUUGCUUGCUUGUUUGACUUGAUUUCUGCAGACAGAAUGGGAUCUGGAUGCUUAGAAUGCGUGUAACUGGCUUUAUUUGCACCUGCAAGAAGCAGAAGAGGAAUGUCAGAUUUUGGUAAUGUUUUGAAGCGCCCUGAAAAGCAAGCAGCAGGUCUGUUCAUCAACUUUUGGAAGAGGACACUACUGAACAUCAAGGUUGUGUUGGCUGUAUCUACCUUUCUGGGACAGUCAGAGGAAAGGUACUGUUCAGAAAAAAGGCAAACACUGAGAAUGCUCAGGCUCUCACCUCGCUUGAGAUUUUGAGGUAGAGCAAAGAGUUUUUUUCUGGCUGAAACAGGGCUUGGCAACAUGCUUGGUAACUGACUGACACACAGGUGUCAAAUGAGAAUCAGGAUUCCCCUCCUCUUUUCAUUAUCCCUCAUCUUUGGUGUUAGAAUUGCAGUGCGUUCAUUUAAAAUGAGACAUUGUGAAUAUUACAUUUUAACUCAUUGUGCAACAAAAUGUAAAAGCAACCCCAAUAUUUUCGAAAGUGUACAUUUACAAAUAAAUGUAUAUUUUAAUGAAGCAAACACCCAGCACUUUCCCCUCAUUGGGGAAGAUGACAGGAUGCUUCUUGACAUUUUUUCCCUAAGUUCCUGAAGACUGCAUAAUAAUGAGGGCAUUAAUAUUCUUGUGAAUUUAUCAUUUCAUGAAUGUACUUUGUCGGUGCAAAUCUGUGGAAGCUUCUUGAUCUUUGUAAAUUUCAUAAGUUUAUUUUUCCUCAGCACAACAGUGAUGUCAGAUAAAUAAAGCCUUAGAGUUCUUAGAUCUUUUCUCCAAUUCUCCUCUCUCAAACCUUAUUAGUCACUUAAUUUUGAUUUUUCUUUAUGCUUUUUAACAUAAAGAAUCAUAUGACUUCUCUUGUUGACAAUAUUGUUCUAAAUUCACAAUAUUGACAAUAUUGUUCUAAAUUUUUGUUCAUGACCACUUGUAUUUUCUAAGUUUCAGGUAUACAGAGCAGAGUGUGUUUUCUACUGAGUUAAGUUUUUUUCUUUUUAGUGAGAUUUUCCCCUCCACUUCUAGUUACCUUUUUUGUAUGUCAUAAGUUACACGUAGAUCCAGCACAAAAAUACUCUGUUCACAGUGUGCUGAACAACUGCAUGCAGGUUUGACAUCUUGUCCAGUCCCGUUCCAUUCUGGACAUUGUUGCUAGUGGGUUCUGCUAUGGAAAAGUGUUGCCUACACAGCUCGUGGCUGAUACUGGAUAUUCCCAAAUAAAACUACAGUUGCCUUGCAAACAAGAAAACAGAAUGCUACUUUGCAUUCAUGUGACUGUGCUAAGUUCUUGUAAUGACAGCUUUUGAUCAUAGUUUAUUUGUUUUUUAACUGCAGUCCAGGGUAUUUUUAAAACUUGUUUAAAUAUGUGACAGAGAAGGUCAGGUAAUCCAGGGGCAACCUUUUCAAGUAGGAAAACACAAUCUCUUGAUCAAAAAGUGAGAAUUAACCUCUGAGUCCAGCAGGGGAGGGAAUCUACAGUCCAUUCCAUACUGGUACUGUUCUGAGCCUAGGAAAAAAGUUUCUUCCAGAAUAUAUCCAAACUCUGCCAUCUUCUUUGGAUUUCACCUUUCCUUUCCUAUGUUUUCUGUUUACUACCCUUCGUCUCUUAGUAUUCUCAUACCCUGGUCAGUAAUUACCUGGAAGACUCUUAGGGAUAAUCCUUUCUAAAGAGCACUUCAGGCCUGCUCAGACUGUUCUGAUAGCUGUGUUUCUGACCAUGUGUCUGAAAUGCUUUAUGACUGGAACUGAAGGUGUUAGGGGAACUGAGCGAGGAGAUACUACAAGGAAAGAGCCCUCACCCCCUGCCACUCAGUACUCUCCUCCUAAGCUAAAGCACAAGGAGCUGGCAGUUGAAGCUUUCAAAGUGGUUUAAUACUGCCACCCCUUUCCCCCUCAUCAAGAGAAGCAUUAUGGAUGCUUUGGGUAGCUGCCCCUGCAGCUGGCAGCAGGCUAGAUCAAAUUGCAGUGUUUCUGGAUAGGUUAAGUGGUGGUGUUGAAAGGACAGCACACACUCAGUCAUACCUAAAAUAUAAAUAAAAGUAUAAGAAGCAAGGGCAUACUAAUUGGAUGGAAAGUGGAUACCAGAGCAUAAAUGAGAAAAUGGGUCUUUUGCAUUUUAAAAAUGUUAAUGUUGUUAGUGGUUUUAACAACCUUUACUGUAAACUUUCCUCUAUUCCUAGGGUAAUACAUGUAAAGAUGAUUUAUCAGUACCACCAAGUCUUUCACACAGCUAAUAUUAGUUAAAACAUUUAAAUAACCAAAGGUGUGUCAGAACAGAAUGGCCAAGAGACUCAUAGUUACAAAAAACUGUUUAAUGGGUGAAGUAUUCCAUGUUUUCCCUGAUCAUAAAAAUUCAUUAGCUGUGCAAAAAGUGAGGAAAGACUGGUUUCGUAGCUUUGGUGAUCACUAUUCAUUUGCAGAUGAGAGAAAUGUAAUUUCUAAACAGUAAUGUCCGCAUAUUGUUGCAGGUUCUGUUUUGUUAACGAACAAUCCCCAGCUGUCCUUAGAAGCAAUUUUAAGGAGAUCCCAUGGGGCUAGCCAGCCCAUUCACAUGCCCCCAGAAGAGCAAUGCCAACAGAUACUUGUUUUCAAAAAGACUCCUUAUUGACCAGCAGAAUACAUAGUACAUCCCAAGAAUAUUUGUCUUCACCUACAAAAUAGGGGAAGGAUAUCCACUGAUGUCUUCAUAUAUAACAUAAGCUUAAGCAGCAAACGAGUGCUUUCUCACACAGCCUUGGUAAUGCACUGUGAGUUAAUUCCCUAGCACCUUAUUGUCACAAGAUGUGUAUUUAGAUGUAUAUAUUUCAGUUUCAUAAAAGUGGCAGUAAUUGCAUCUCACCAUUCAAAGUCUUUUUUUUGUACUGUUAAGUCACAGCUUAGUUAUGGUGACCUCAUGCAGUUUCUGAGGCAAGAGACAUUAAGAUGUGGUUUGCCAUUGCCUGCCUGUGCCUCACAGCCCUGGACUUCGUGGGUGGUUUCUCAUCCAAAUACUAAGAAGGGCCAAUCCUGCUCAGCUUCUUAGAUGUGACAAGAUGGAGUUAGCACUAUUCCUCGUUUAGCACUAUUCUUCUAUUCCAUUCCUGAUCGCACACAUCUCUGAAUGUGCUUUCCUGGCUCAGGAUGAGGCUAGUCUCAGCUUUCAGAAAGGAUAUUUCCCUUUUAUAAUUUUGAUUAUCUGUGGUGCACAGUAUGUUGGAACAUGGGAAAGGCUGCUGGAAAAUCAGAAAAAUACACUUACCAUCAGAAGUAAGGUAAAUGUGAAGAUGUGUGUAUGUAACCUUAAUCUGAAUGUUACGCUGAACCUCUAACUCUUAAUUUAAAAAAACACACUAGUGUAUUUUCUCUGCUUUUAAGCCAGCAGUGGCAAGAUAAUUUGUAUUUCAAAAAAACUGGACUGUGGGUUUUUUUGGAAUAUCUACCACCAGUGGAUCAUAAAGAUGAUGUUGUACAGUUUUUAAAAAUGUAUAGCAUGUGCAAAGCUAUUUAUUUAUUAAGCAAGCUGAAGUUAUUGACACAGCUUUAUGUGCCUAUUAUGCUUUAUGAAGAGAAUUCAUUGAAAUUCAACAUAACAUAUUCCAGUUGUAUGAAGGUUUGCGGUUUGAGUAAAUGAAAGGUUUUUUUUAAAAAAAUCAAAAUUGCUGUUUUUUAAGCAUGUGUCUCUUUAAAAUUGGCAGUGUAAUGUUUUCUCUUAUACUACAGUCAGGAUGUUGGAGUGGUUAUAGUAGUUUGUACUCCAUUUUGUGGAGUCUGUGGUGCUUCCUGAGGGGAUAAGUUCACUGAUUCUGACAACUGCUAUAUCAAAUUUUGAACCAAGGAAGAACAAACUAACCUAGGCUAUGACUACAGUUGCCACUUUUAUUCUCUCCAGAUAACUCAACAGCACAUGGAAUCUGAGACGUUUGAAGCAGCAAAGUAAAUGAUUCUGAAUGCAUGUAACAUUCAAUGGGUGCAGGCAUCCUAGGAAACUUAGGUUCUUAGCCAUUUUUUUGUGUCACAUGGUGAUGCUGAAGACCAGCCAAAAGUAUAAUAAUUGUGUAGUAGAUCCAUAGGAAGAGGGUGCACUACAGCUGUGGAACUCUCCCUUCAAACGUUGUGAAAGCCCUGAUCUGGGUCUGUUCCUCUUGGUGCAGAGCCUUCUUGUUCAGAGAUGACUUUGGCACUGUUGUAUGCCUUAAACCUAAGUGAUUGAAUAGGUUAUACGUUGUUUUUUGAAAAAUAACUUCACAGUUUUUCUAAAUUAAAUGCUGACUUGAAUUAAGUUUAAAAUAACACCCCAUCUUUGAUACUUGUACCCACCCUCUAAAAUGAUCACUGGUUGAAGAAGGGACUUAGGAAUUGCCAUCUGAAUGGUUUGAGACAGUAAAGACUAUGGUGAAGGUUGGCACAGAGGUAGUGUAGGACAAGUUGACAACAUACUGUGGAGGGAGAGUUAAUAAAAUUGGGGGGCGUAAGCAUGGCAAGUAAAGUCAGAUUGUUGGGUCAUGCCUUAGUUUGCUGCACAUUAACAGGAUGGCAGGCAAGUCCAUCCUCUGCAUCACUGUACAAAAUGUUGCCUCUUUAGGAAGUGAUAUGCUGAAAUUACUUGGAUAAUUAACCGCUUAAGCAGGUUCAUUUCUAAUCUUACCUACUCAUUAUUCCUGAAAAAGGGAGUAUAAUUUAUUAACUAGCAACGGGGGCUGACUUAACAGAAUUAUCAUUAUUUUUACAAAUCCAUCAGUGUAUCUGGUGCUUUACAGGAUUCUAUUAAUGAGAGAGGCCCCUGCCCAUGUUGAUUGGCUGCUGAAGAAGACAAUCUUUUUAAAAGUUGUCUGUCCAAAUUUUGCUUUGUAACUUGCUUUUAUUGCAAUAAUCUCUGCUGUCUCAUGAUAAAACUGGCAAUUUCAACAAAAUUAAAGUGUGAAAUGUUAUUGUGUUGGAUUCAGGCUUCACUAAAAGUGAACCUUCCUCAGACAUAAAGAGCCACAUGCCCUAAGAAGUUGUUCCUUAUGCUGGAGGAGGUUGCCACUGUUAGCGGAACAGAAACUUUGGAUGCAGUACGAUGGUAGCUAGCUUUUGGGUGGAAAAUUGGUUUGGAGGAGGACUUCAAGACAUUUCUGUAACAUUCCCCCCCCCCCCUUGUCUGCGUUUGAUAAUACCAUGCUGAGUAAAAAUUUGUUGGUAUACAAAAUAUUAAGUGUCUACAGAAUGUUAACAGAAAGUAAGUUUCAAUAAAUUCUCCCAGUUUUGCUCAACACAA